AAAAAAAACUAAAGCCGGUCUAAUCACAACAAAAAAAUUUAUAAUUUUUACUAAAAUUUUAAUAAAAAACAAGAUUUAUGACAAGAAUUUUAUAAAAAUAGUAAAGUUUUAAUAAAAACUUAUUAAAAAUUAAACAAAUUUCUAAUAGCAAGAGAAAAAUAGUGCAAAACAUCAAACUCCGGCAGGCAGAUACCUCAUAGAAAUUGAGUUAAAACAAAAUGAAACGCUCGUGUAAUACUCAAGAAGCUACAGAUAAUUCAAAUAUAAAAAAGGCCACUAAAGAUGAUUUAACAAGUUCAACAUGCGGGGAAUUAACACAAAUAAACGAAGAUCCCAUAAGUGAUGUAGAUGAGGCUGAAUCAGAAACUCCAGACUCCAGUCUAAUCCGCCGUUUGGGUAAAUGUGAGGUAUGUGCCGGACAGGAAGCCCGCUACACUUGUCCCAAAUGUGAGGUUAAAACCUGCUGCCUUGACUGUGUACGCAUACACAAAAAAGAGCUCAACUGUGAUGGCAUACGGGAUCGCACUAAAUUCAUACCGCUCAAACAAAUGACCAAAAUGGAUUUUAUGAGCGAUUACUAUUUCCUCGAGGAAUGUACCCGCUAUGUAGAGGAUCGUAAAACAGAUCAAAUAAAAAAAUACACACGCUAUAAUAGAGAUUUACCCAUGCAUUUAAAUCGUUUGCGUAAUGCCGCCAAGGAGCGCAACAUAACAUUGAAAAUUUUAUUGCAAAAUUUUGCCAGACACAAGGAGAAUACCACUUUCUUUGAUUGGCGCACCAAGAAGAUUUGGUGGCGUUUAAAGUGGGUAUUUGUUAAUGCUGGUAAUUUAUGUUAUACGGAUGAGAAAUGCCUGGAAGAGAAAUAUUUAAGGGAUUUACUUAAGAAAUAUGUGGACAAGGAUAGUAGUGUGGCUGAUAAUGUGCCAGAGAAAAGAAAAUUGGAGUAUUAUCAAAGCAAAGGUGUGCAGAAUUUGAAGGUUCUACUUAAAGCCGAGGGCAUAAAACGCUGUAAAGAUCGUUACUAUUUAUUGGAUGUUAAUAAAACUUUAAAAGACAAUUUGUCAGGAAAAACCCUAGUCGAAUAUCCCUGGCUAUAUGUCAGCUAUGAAGAAGACUGCAAUGGAUUUGAUGUUAUCGAUAGUGAUGAAGAUGUUGAGUCCGAAGCUAAAAACUAUGAAUCCAAUUUAGAGUCAUAUCGCAAAGAAAUGCUGCAAAAACGAAGACAGGCUCAAGAACAAGGUGACGAGGAUGAAGAAGUUUUGGAAGCUGAUAAGGAAACUCUGCAAAAGUUGUCCACAGAAAAACGAAAAGAAGAAAGACAACGCAAACGUCAGGAAUAUGAAAAGGUGGCUAGUAAUUUCCUAUUCACAGAUGAACAAUUAAUGGACGUACUAUCAUCUUCCUCAGAGGAGGAAGUGAAUGGAGAAUAAUAUAAAAAUCUAUUAUAGUUUUAUUAUUUAGUUUUUUUAUUAUUUUACCUAAAAUGUGUGAGUUUUUUUUACUUAUAACUUGUUUCUCAUAAAUAUUUCAUUUAUUAUGUUUAUUUUUCAUAUAUAAAAAGGAAUUAUCAUUAAUUUUUCUUUUGUUUAAAGGAAACCGACACAAAAACUAAAUAGUGU